CAUGUUGGUCAGGUCUGUCUCGAACUCUUGACCUCAUGAUCCGCCCUCCUAGGCAUCCCAAAGUGCUGGGAUUACAGGCGUGAGCUCACGGCCCUCCAGUUCUCUUCUUCCAAAAUAGCACUACGAUCUGGUUUAACAAGUUAGGUUACAGUUUCAUAAUACAGUCCCUACCCUUGUGAGUAAGCUCUCUGCCUGGAGGUCUAAUUCAUCUUGGAUUGAUGUCUGAAGAAUUAACAUCAUCUAGGAAGGUUUAUAGAGACUAUUACAGUCCUUUUGUGAUUGGUUUUCUUGUUUGGGUUUUGUGAGUAAGUAAACUGGUAAGGUAUAAAGAAGCUAAGUGAUUUUAAUACUUGCUAUUAAAUUCUGAAGCGUUUCAACUUUAGGAAGAACUGAAUUGUGCUGUGCACCUCCUUCCCAAAAUUAUUCUAACAGAUUCAGAUUUUUCCUAGCCUAGUGGGAGCCUGAAAGUAUAAAAGCCUGUUUUUUCUUACUCACUUCAGAUUCCCCAUCAUCAUCACUGCUCACUAUCUUCUUUGUUCCAGUUUUUGAUAUUUUUUCCAUUAGUUCAUGAUACUUGGGUGGACAGAGUAGCAUAGCUAGCUGUUCUUUGUGGUAAUUUUGUUGGCUGUGAGAAAGACUUGGGAAUACAGUCCAUUUUAAGUAGUAAGGGGAGAGCACAACUGGGAAAGGGUAGAAAGCAUGUUGUUCCCAACCUCCCAAGGGUCUGUGCUCCCCAUUUAGAGAUAGGCUACUCUUAGACUGUUCUCACCCUAAAAUAGUUGGUUUACUUUGGUAGAACUUGGGGAAGUGUGAGAAAUUAGGAGAGGAAUGUCUUCUCACUUGACCACUGAAAAAUGUUUGGGGAAGGUUAUUGUUGCCUGUCACCUUUAUCUAAUCCUGCGUGGUCACUUAGACUGUCAGAUUUUAAACUCCAGUGUUUCCUAGGAGGCAUGUUGUACCAAGUUGGGCUGCAUAACUCACCUUUUUUCUCCCCCCCCCCCCCUUUCUUUAUCUCCUUUUGCCUUUCUCCAGCUGUGCUACCUAUGUCUUCAGCCUUGAGUGUCGCUGCUGCCUUAGGGCAGCCUGGACCUACCCUCCCCCCUCCUUGCUCUCCUGCCCCACAACAGUGCCCUCUGUCGACUGCUAACCAGGCUGCCCCAUUCCCUUCCCCCUCUACUAUUGCCUCGACCCCUUUUGAAGUUCCUUUUACCCAGUCAUCCUCUGGAACAGCCCUACCUUUGGGAACUGCCCCUGAAGCCCCAACCUUCCUACCAAACCUAAUAGGGCCUCCCAUCUCCCCAGCUGCCUUAGCUCUGGCCUCUCCCAUGAUAGCUCCAACUCUGAAAGGGACCCCUUCCUCUUCAGCUCCCUUAGCUCUGGUUGCCCUGGCUCCCCACUCAGUUCAGAAGAGUUCUGCUUUUCCACCUAACCUUCUUUCUUCACCUCCUUCAGUGGCUGUAGCUGAGUCAGGGUCAGUGAUAUCCCUGUCAGCUCCCAUUGCUCCCUCAGAACCAAAGACUAAUCUUAUUAAAGUUCCCUCUGAGGUAGUCCCUAAUCCAAAAGGCACCUCCAGUCCUCCAUGUAUAGUCAGUACGGUUCCUUACCACUGUGUGACUCCUGUGGCCUCUGUUCAAUCUGGAAUGGCCUCCCUUCCUCAGACAACACCUACAACUUCCCUAGCCAUCACUUCCCCUCAAGUCAAAGAUACCACCAUUUCCUCAGCUCUGACUUCUCCGCAAAACCCAGGAAGCCUCAGCCUGAAGGGGCCUGUUAGUCCAUCUGCUGCCUUACCUCUUUCAACUCAGUGUCUUCCUGUGGUGACCUCUUAUCAAAAGACUGCGGGUCCCAACACCCCCCCAGAUCUUCCCGUUUAUCUGGGCUCUCAUCUUGCACCUUUACAUCAGAGUUCUUUUGGUUCUGUCCAACCUUUAGGUCAAACAAGUCCCAGUGCUUUGACAGACCCUACAGUGAAGACCAUUUCUAUAGAUCAUUCUUCCACAGGGGCCUCUUAUCCUUCUCAGAGAUCUGUAAUUCCUCCCCUUCCUUCCAGAAAUGAGGUAGUUCCUGCUACUGUGGCUGCCUUUCCAGUGGUGGCUCCAUCUGUUGACAGAGGUCCCUCUACCAUCACUAGCAUAACCUACAGCCCUUCUGGCUCCUUAAAUGUAGCUACCUCUUCUUCAUUAUCUCCUACAACCCCUCUCAUUUUCAAAAGCUCUCCUAAUGCCACUCAUCAUUAUCCUUUAGUGGCCCAAAUGCCUGUUUCUUCUGUUGGAACCACCCCACUUGUGGUGACUAACCCCUGUACAAUUGAUGCAGCAGCUACUACCUUUGAGGUAGCUACUUGUGUUUCUCCUCCAAUUUCAUCAGGUCCCAUAAGUAAUAUAGAACCAACCUCCCCUGCUGCCUUGGUUAUGGCACCUGUGGCUCCCAAAGAGCCUUCUACUCAAGUAGCAACCACUCUGAGGAUACCAGUCUCUCCUCCUCUGCCAGACCCUGAGGACCUCAAAAAUCUUCCCAGUUCAGUAUUGGUUAAAUUUCCAACACAAAAAGACCUCCAAACUGUACCUGCCUCUCCUGAUGGAGCUGCUUUCUCUCCAGCCCAAGCAGAACUCACCACCAAGAAAGACCCUGCUGUGUUACCAUUAGCCCAGACAGCCUGUAAAAAUUCCCCUUCUUUCCAAAGUACAUCCUCUUCUCCAGAGAUAUCUCUUUCUCCUGAAACCACUGUAGCAAAGAAAAGCCUUGGAGGCCCUCUCCCUAUAGUGACUGCAUUUCCUUUGCAAAGUGCUGACCCUGCUGGGGUGGCUCCCACAGUUGCCAAAGGUACCUCAACUUAUACAGCUACAGCCAGCCCUUUUCUAGAAGGAACUGUCUCUUUAGCUCCUGAAAACCACCCAGUUAAGGAAGGUACUUCCACUCUUACUACUUUAUCCUUGGUUCCUACAGCUUCAGAUUGCCCUGUGGCUCCAUCCCCCCAGAAUACCUCUGCUCCUCUGGCUACCUUAGUGCUGGCCCCUGAAAUCCCAAAGUCUGUGUCCUUACCCUCUCUUCCCGCAGCUGGGACUCCUCCAGGUACAAAAAAGGUUGAUGGUAUUUCUCAUACUUCAGCAUUGGCACCUGUUGCUUCCUCUCCCAAAGAGUGCCCAACUGAGGACUCUGGUGCUUCUGCUACUGCAUCUUCCAAAGAAACUCUGACUUACCUCGCUGACUCCCCAUCUCCUUUAGGGGUUAGUGUGUCUCAGACUAAAAGACCUCCAACCAAGAAGGGUUCUGCUGGCCCUGAUACUCCUGUUGGAAAUCUCUCGUCCCCCGUUUCUCCAGUUGAAGCUUCAUUUCUUCCAGAGAAUAGUCUUUCUUUCCAAGACUCUAAAGACUCACCAGCCACGAAGCAUUCUCCCACUCCUCCAUCCCCCAAAGGGGCCCCUCCUCCCUCAGCUAUGACUCCUCUGUCUCCCAAAAGAGUAACACUACCCCCCAAAGAGACCUCCACUCCUUCAAUUGUGAAUCCGCCCUUCCCCAAAGAGGGUCCAGCUACCCCAGCACCCAAACAGGCUCCCGCUCCUCCCGCUCUAUCCAGGACUUCUUCCUCCCUCAAAAAGGCCCCAGCUACCCCAUCCCCCAAAGGGGCCCCCACACCCCUAGCUGCAACUCCUCCUUCCUGCAAAGGAGGCCCAGCUACCCCAUCCCCCAAAGGGACCCCCACACCCCCAGCUGCAACUCCUCCCUCCUCCAAAGAAGGCCCAGCUACCCCAUCCCCCAAAGGGGCCCCCAAACCCCCAGCUGCAACUCCUCCCUCCCCAAAAGGAAGUCCAGCAGCUACCCUAUCCCCCAAAGGAGCCCCCACACCCCCUGCUGCACCUCCUCCCUCCCCCAAAGGAGGUCCAGCUACCCCAUCCCCCAAAGGAGCCCCCACACCCCCUGCUGUACCUCCUCCCUCCCCCAAAGGAGGUCCAGCUACCCCAUCCCCCAAAGGGGCCCCCACUCCCCCAGCUGCAUCUCCUCCCUCCCCCAAAGGAGGCCCAGCUACCCCAUCCCCCAAAGGGGCCCCCAAACCCCCAGCUGCAACUCCUCCCUCCCCAAAAGGAAGUCCAGCAGCUACCCCAUCCCCCAAAGGAGCCCCCACACCCCCUGCUGUAACUCCUCCCUCCCCCAAAGGGGCCCCCACUCCCCCAGCUGCAUCUCCUCCCUCCCCCAAAGGAGGCCCAGCUCCCCCAUCCCCCAAAGGGGCCCCCACACCCCCUGCUGCAACUCCUCCCUCCCGCAAAGGAGGUCCAGCUACUCCAUCCCCAAAAGGGGCCCCCACACUCCCAGCUGCAACUCCUCCCUCCCCCAAAGGGGCCCGCACUUCCCCAGCUGCAAACCCUCCCCCCCCAAAAGGAGGCCCAGCCACCCCAUCCCCCAAAGGGGCCCCCACUCCCCCAGCUGCAACUCCUCCUUCCCCAAAAGGAGGUCCAGCUACCCCAUCCCCCAAAGGGGCCCCCACUCCCCCAGCUGCAACUCCUCCUUCCUCAAAAGGAGGUCCAGCUACCCCAUCCCCCAAAGCGGCCCCCACACCCCCAGCUGUAACUCCUCCCUCCCCCAAAGGGGCCCCCACACCCCUAGCUGCAACUCCUCCCUCCCCAAAAGGAGGCCCAGCUAUCCCACCCCACAAAGGGGCUCCCACUCCCCCAGCAGCAACUCCUCCCUCCCCAAAAGGAAAUCUAGCUGCCCCACCCCACAAAGAGGCCCCCAGUCCUUCAGUUGUAACUUCUCCCUCUCCAAAAGGAGAUCCAGCUACCUCACCCCCCAAAGGGGCCCCCAGUCCCCCAGCUGCAACUCCUCCCUCCCUUAAAGGGACCCCCACUCUCCCAACUACAACUCCCUCCUCUAAAGGAAGCCCAACUACCCCAUCCUCCAAAGAGGACCCCACUCCCCCAGCUGCAACUCCCUCCCACAAAGGAGGUCCAGCUAUGACUCCUCUCUCCCCUAAAAGAGGACCAGCUAUCCCAUCUCCCAAAGGGGACCCCACUUCCCCAGCAGUGAUUCCUCUCUCCCCCAAAAAGGCUCUAGCAACUCCAGUCACCAGAGAAGGCCCAGCCACCCCAUCCAGUGGGGAUACCACUCCCCUAGCAGUGACUCCUGUCUCCCUCAAAAAGGCCCCAGCAACUUCAGCCCCCAAAGGAGGCCCAGCUACCCCAUCCUCCAAAGGGGAUCCCACCCUCCCAGCAGUGACUCCUCCUUCCCCCAAGGAGCCCCCAGUCCCCAAACAAGCUCCCACUUCUUCCUCUCCCAAAAAGGCCCCGGCAACUCCAGCCCCCAUGGGGGCCCCCACUCUGCCAGCUGUGAUUCCUUCUUCCUCCAAAGAGGUCCCAGCUACCCCAUCCUCCAGAAGGGACCCCAUUGCCCAAACAGCAACUCCUCUCUCUAAAAAGACCCCAGCAACUCUAGCCCCCAAAGAGGCCCUCAUUCCCCCAGCUAUGACUCUUCCCUUCCCCAAAAAGAGCCCAGCAAUUCCAGCCCCCAAAGAAGCCCCGGCUACCCCAUCCUCCAAAGAGGCCUCCAGUCCCCCAGCAGUGACUCCUUACUCUUACAAAGGGGCCCCAUCUCCCAAAGAGGCCCCUACUCCUCCAGCUGUGACUCCUCCAUCCCCCAAAAAGGGCCCAGCAACUCCAGCCCCCAAAGGGACCCCCACUUCCCCACCUGUGACUCCUUCCUCCCUCAAAGACUUCCCUGCGUCCCCAGUUUCUGUCACAUGUAAAAUGGGGGCCACUGUUCCUCAAGCAUCUAAAGGGCUUCCAGCAAAGAAAGGCCCCACAGCUCUCGAAGUACUUGUUGCCCCAGCUCCAGAAAGUACGCCAGUCAUCACAGCUCCCACUCGGAAAGGUCCACAGACCCAAAAGAGUUCUGCUACUUCACCUCCUAUGUGCCCAGAUCCCUCAGCUAAGAAUGGUUCUGAAGGACCCCUUUCCACAGUGGCUCCAGCCCCUCUACUCCCUGCUCAGAAAGGCUCUUCAAAGACAUCAAAAGGCAAAGAUGCUUCUCAUUCCCCAAAGGGCCCCUUGGCUCCUCCUGAGUCUAAGGCAUCCACCCCUCUAACAGCAGCUGCCUCUGAGAAGGUCCUUCCUAAACCUGAAUCAGCAUCUGUCUCUCCACCACCCACCCCACCAGUCUCUCUGCCUCUUGCUCCCUCCCCAGUUCCCACUCUGCCUCCUAAACAGCAAUUUUUGCCGUCCUCUCCUGGGCUGGUGUUGGAAUCACCCUCUAAACCCCUAGCCCCUGCUGAUGAGGAUGAGCUGCCGCCUCUGAUACCCCCGGAACCAAUCUCUGGGGGAGUGCCUUUCCAGUCAGUCCUCGUCAACAUGCCCACCCCCAAAGCUGCUGGAAUCCCUGUCCCAACCCCCUCUGCCAAGCAGCCUGUUAUGAAGAACAACAAGGGUAUUUGCCUUGGUUUGCCGUGUGCAUGGUGUGUCUGUUGCCCACACCCCUCUUGGGGGCUACCCACCAAUACUAAACCUGUGAUGCGCCACUUUCUCAAGUGAAUCUGCUUGGGUUUGGACGUAGAACAAAGCUCUAGGAAUAUGAAACUAAAUCUUGGUUUUCAUGACUUCAGAUAGAUACAUAGUGUAUUGUGUAUCAUUCAGUACAAUGUGGCCCGGACUACCCUGAGCCUACCAUGCCAUCUAUUUUACCUAAUUGAUCUGACAUUGAAAACCAAGACCUGCCAGACCUUUUAAUUUGCUCUAAUCCCUACCACAUCACUAACUAACCUCGUCCCUGAGCCUGAGAUUUGCUAAAACAUUGGAGAAUUGAACUAUUUGUAUUUCUUUUUCAAUUCUUAGACUUAGUAAUGACCAGUUGCCCAGGGACUUCCUUUUCAUAAAAAUGUAGAAACCUGUUUUUCCUAGCCUAAAAAUGGUGCAGGUAUAUGCUUUUUUUCCUCAGUAGUCUUUACUGAUGCUUGGCCUUUGAAUUGAAAGAAAUUUAUGUGAAUUAUUUUGGAAAAAUUAAGAGAUACAAGUCAACAUCAUUGAGAAUCUUCUAACUAUAUUGAUUAGAUCACAUUGCUGGGGUGAAUGGUUUGAAAAUGAGGCUGAAUAUGUGCACGUGACUGCUUUUGACUUGCUCCAACCCAGUUUAAAAGUUGAGGGAAUGGCCGGGCGCGGUGGCUCACGCCUGUAAUCCCAGUACUUUGGAAGGCCGAGGCUGGCGGAUCACGAGUUCAAGAGAUGGAGACCAU